UGUCAAACUAUCGUAUUCGUCGACAGUGGUGCAUACAAGAAGCAUUAGUUGGUGCAUGUUUUGAACAAAUUUUUAUCUGUAAACAUUGAUUAAGUAACUAACUUGUCUUCAAAUAAAAAUAAAUGUAUGAUUAACAUUGAUUUUAAAUUUAAGUCUAAAAGAAAAAUGAUAUUUUGUUCGACAAUGAAAUUGUUUAUAACGUUGGUAAUAUAACCUCAAAUUUGUUGAUUUCAAGAAUUAAGGAUAACUUGAAUGAACACAAAAUGUCAGAUGUACGAGAUAUAUUGGAUAUCGAAGUUCCAACUACUACAGAACUUACGAAAGAAUCUAUUUUGGGAAGUGAUAAAAAGAAUAAAAAGAAAUAUGAGUAUAAGGUACCAAAACGUCCGGAGGGUAUGCACAGAGAAGUCUUUGCUUUAUUGUGCAAGGAUAACAAUGACGUCCCACCAUUAUUUCCAACCGAUACAGCUAAAGGAUAUAAACAAGUUAGAGCUAAGUUGGGUAUGAAAAAAGUAAGACCAUGGAAGUGGACUCCGUUUACUAAUCCUGCUAGAACUGACGGUGCUGUUUUCCAUCAUUGGAGAAGAGUCGCUGAUGCAGGAAAAGAAUAUCCUUUCGCUAAGUUUAAUAAGAAAGUUCCUAUACCGACUUACACGAAUACUGAAUAUACUAAUCAUUUAGUUAGUAAUGGUUGGUCUCGUGCAGAGACCGAUCACUUGUUUGAUCUGUGCAGAAGAUUUGAUCUUAGAUUUAUUAUAAUUAAAGAUCGAUGGGAUGAGAAAAAAUUUUCUAAGAAAACUGUCGAAGAGCUGAAAGAAAGAUAUUAUCAAGUUAGCGCAGCUUUGAUUAAAGCAAAAUCUCAUACGGACAAAGUUUACACUUUUGACGCAGAGCACGAGAAACGAAGAAAAGAGCAGUUAAUGAAAUUAUUUGCUCGGACGCCAGAAGAAGUGGAAGAAGAACAGACUUUGUUGGCUGAAUUGCGUAAAAUAGAACAAAGAAAGAAAGAAAGGGACAGGAAAACACAAGAUUUGCAAAAAUUAAUAACUGCGGCAGACCAUCAAGCAGAUCCUAGGAAGAGCGAAAGAAAACCUUCCAAGAAAAAUAGUAAUUCUUCUAGAAACAGACCGAAUAAAAUUGAUACUUCUCAUGCUGUAGAGUCUGCCGGUAUCAAGUUCCCUGAUUUCAAAAAUAGCGGAGUUUCAUUGAGAUCGCAAAGAAUCAAAUUGCCAAGUAGUCUUGGACAAAAGAAAAUGAAAGGCAUUGAACAAAUGUUAAAUGAAUUAAAUAUAGAACUAAAUCCUCCACCUACGGAACAAAUAUGUCAGCACUUUAAUGAAUUAAGAAGUGAUAUAGUGCUUCAUUAUGAACUACGAAGUGCUUUGUCCACCUGCAAUUAUGAAUUGCAAUCAUUAAGGCAUCAAUACGAAGCUCUUGCACCAGGAAAAACUCUGACAAUACCUCCAGCUCUUUUACCAAAAACAGAACCCGAAGUAAAAGCAGACAUAAUAGACGUUGUUGGAUCACCAAGUAUGCCAAAUGUAAAUCAUUAAGUAUUAAUAAACUAUUCAUUGUAAAUAUUAUAUAAUCUAAACUAACGAUUUGUAUAUACUUAUGCGAAUGAAUAAUCCAUUAGCUUCUGAAAUAUUUCUUCUACGCUAUAUGCUUUCUACUUUCCGUGAAACAGAUAAAAAUGAAUGAAAAAUAAAUUAAAAAUAAAUUAAAAUUCUCCUAA